UGCAAGCCGCAGGAUUGUUAUAACUGCCUGGUGUUUUGCAACUGCUCUUGAUUGCGCCUUAGGAAACGAAAAGCAAAAGUGUAAGGAUUUCGCAAAAUCCAUUUUCUAGGAUACGAGGGCGGUCUUAAGAUGGAAGAGGAGCCUUUAGGAGGGACGGAGGAAAGGGAGGAAUCCAGAGACAAAGGUGUUGGGGUUGGAAGUCUUCUUGAGAUGGAAGAUCUCAAGAAGGAAGCACCAGAAGGAAGGCUAGAGAAGCAGGACCUAGAAGCCACUCUGAGCCUGGAGCAGAGAGCAUUAAUGCUGGAGAGCCUAGAGAGAGAAGGGAGACCAAGAGGUGUUCUUAAUGCAGGUGAGAAAGAGCAGGAAGAGCUUGAUGUCCCCAAUAGCUAUUCAAGAGCUGAGGAUUGCCAAAACCAAGCCAAGGUGGAAGACCAGAGGUGGAGAAGCCAGGUGAGAAGACGCCGGACAAAAGAGGUUUCCCAGGAUCCUCCAGGUUUCAUCAACCUCCUGGGAAUUCUGGAACCGCCACCUCCUCUUCUGCCCUCCACACCCCAGAAAGUGGUGAACAAGCCCUUCCACUGCACGGAGUGUGGAAAGUGUUUCUCGCAGAGCUCCGUGCUCAUUGAGCACCAGAGAAUUCACACAGGCGAGAGGCCCUUUGUGUGCAAUGUGUGCGGAAAACGAUUCUCCCAAAGCUCCACCCUGAUGGGCCAUCAGAGGAUCCACACGGGUGAGAAGCCCUUCGCCUGUCCCGAAUGCGGACGGGGCUUCAGCCGCAGCUCUGCCCUGACCGAGCACCAGCGCACCCACACAGGAGAGACCCCCUUCCCCUGCCGGGAGUGCGGGAAGGCCUUCAGCCGCACCUCCAACCUGGUGAAGCACUUGCGCACCCACUCCGGCGAGAAACCGUAUAGCUGCACCCUCUGCGGGAAGCGCUUCUCGCUCAGCUCCAACCUGCUGAAGCAUGAGCGCACACACUCGGGGGAAAAGCCCUUCCCCUGCCCACUCUGCGGGAAGCGCUUCAAGAAGAAGACCCACCUUGUCUCACACAACCGCGUCCACACUGGAGAACGGCCCUACCGGUGUGAGGAGUGCGGGAAGUGCUUCUCCCAAAGCUCGUCCCUGAUCGAGCACCAGAGGAUCCACACCGGGGAAAAACCCUACAAGUGUCCCCAGUGUGGCCGAGGCUUCUAUGUCAACUCCAAACUGGUCAAACACCAGAGGAUCCAUACAGGGGAGAAGCCUUACGCCUGCUCGGCCUGUGGGAAAACUUUCCGAUACAAGCAGCAAUUUCCCCGUCACCUGGCCCAUGUCCACCCAGGGGAAGAGCAGCUCAUGACGUGGAGUUUCAGUUUCCCAUCUGCUCUGAGGAAAAGCAAAAGGAUUUUCUAAGGAUCUUGGUGUGUGUUUUUUUGUUUAUACUCUAUAGCCAAGGAAAGCAUAGUAGAAUUUAUUUUCUGGAUUAUUUUCCUUGGGUUUUUUGUGUUUUUUUAAUCCGAAGUAAAGGUAAAAUUGUACUUUGAUGUUUUUUCAUUGAGCUAACCACAGUAUUAUCUAGAAAACAUCUAUUAACCCUUUAAAGAAGUUUAAUUAAUGUUGACAUUAUUCAGAUGGUGUGUUUAUGAUAACUACAAGAAAACUACAAAGUGAUUUAAAACUCCAUACUGAUGCGUCUACCAGUUCUUAUUCAAAGGAAUUCCUUUCACUGUCAAGACUGUAAAAUUCUAUCUGAGAACUGAGACAUUUUGACUAUUGACUGGAUUUUAGAAUAAUUGUAAAAACUUCUAAAUGCCCUUUUAUCAUUAUGGAACAGACCUAUCUUUUUAGAGGUGUAACUGCUCAGAAUUCUAGGAUUGCUCACUUUUUCUGUUGAUGACUUGUACCGGAUUCAUUUCAAGCUCUGUGGACCCUCUACUACAAAAACCAUGGACAGGAGGAACCAUUGUUAGUGGUGACCUAUGACAUCUCAUGAACUCAUCUCAAGAAGUGAACAAUCGAUGAAGUACUGAACUCCAAAAGUCACAUAUGAGUGUCUCAUUAAUUAAGUCAUCAGAUCAUUGACAAAUUUGGGUGGUAUUUUUUUAGUCAAUAUUCCUGAAUUAGCUUCGGAACUCCAUUUGUAAGAGCCAGGAUGAAAACAAAAUGAAUCUGAAUGCUAUUCUACAGUUAAAUAACCCAGAAGCCUAUCUGACACACAUACCUGUAAUUUAGUCGUUUCCACAGAAACUAGUGUUUCAAUCACUGAGACUGAAUUUCCCCUAUCAGGUAACAUGUUUGAAAAUAGGGUGUGAUCUGGUCCUAGUAGUAUGUGACAAUGUUGGAAUAGCCCAGUUUUCAACUUGAUUGCUUCAUUGUGACAGCUGCAUGUUAGGGCAGGAGAAUCAUACCAGUGGUGAAGUCACACUCUUUUUCGAAACAAAAUCGACGGGAGGGAUAUUUGCAAGGUAGUGUGAAUUGUGAGUUUCAUGGAUUCGGGCAGAAAGAAGGCAGGUAGUCCUCAAUUUAUGACUGCUUAAUGGGCAGGCCCCAGGGCUGCUUAUAACCCAGAUCUGAAGUUCUGAUAACCAGGCCCUUCAUUGCGGUCACACGAUCACAUUUGGGUUGCUCAGCAACUGGUCCACCUUUAAUGGCUAUUUGUACUGUCCCAUGGUCACAUGGCCUGGAUUUAUGGGGGGAGGGUUGCUAGAAACUGGCAUUUACUUCCAGAUUUCAGCAAAAAAUACUCCCAUUGUGGGCAAUGGAUUCACUUCACAAUAGAUGACUUGCUUUAUGACCGCCAUAUCCACUUAACAACCACCUCACAAAAAGUCGUAAAAUUGAGCGCAGUCUUGUGACCUUUUAACAACCGGCCAGACUUAAGAGUCGUACGUUGAGAACCAUCUAAACAGUAGAACAAAAGCCUUGAAAAUCCUAGGGCUAUGACAAUACAGGUAGUUUUUUACUUAUAACUGUUAAUUUAAUGACUGGACAAAGUUACAACAGCACUGAAAAAUGUGACUUAUGACUGUUUUUCACACAGUCGUUGCAGCAUCCCCAUGAUCACGUGAUCAAAAUUCAGAUGCUUGGCCACUGGUUCAUACUUAUGACCGUUGCUGUAUCCUAUGGUCACAAGAUCCCCUUUUGGGAACUUCUGACAAGCAAAGUCAAUAGCGAAACCAGAUUCACUUAAAAACCAGGUUACUAAUUUUAUCAACUGCAGCAAUUCAAUUAACAUCUGUGUGAAGAAAUGUCUUGUUUUCACAUGACCAUAGGAAUGCUGCAACGAUCAUAAGUGUGAAAAAAGAUAAGUCACUUUCUUUUUAGUGUUGUAACUUUGAACAGGCACUAAAUGAAUUGUUGUAAGUUGAGGACUAUCUGUAGAUAUCUUUGGAUGGUUUCAAAGCUUUAACUAAUUCCUCCUGCAUUCUCCUAUUUCAUGAAUUAUUCGCAUCACAUCUUGCACAAUUCUUAGAAGUCAUUCAUCCAAUUUUUCUAUGUCAAUCCAUCCUCAAUUUUUAAGAAAAUAUUAUUGCCCACAGGGUCAAAACAAUAAGUUGAUGUAGCCCAGUUAUUCCAAAAUUGUACAUUAUGGGAAAUACUUUUUUUUCCUUUCAGUUGUGUCCAAUUCUUGGAGACUGGUCAACUCUGUAUGGUUUUCUUGGCUUUUUCUUGGGUUUUUCAGAAGUGAUUUACCAUUGCCUCCUUCCUAGGGUUGAGAGUAGGUGGCUGGCCCAAGAUCAUCCAGCUGGCUUUGUAUCUAAGGCAGGAGCCAUGAAACUAGAACUUAGUCUCAGUAGUGAUGCUUUCACUACUAUACCAAACUGGCACUCAUGGGGAAAUAGGAUACCAAAAACAGAGUUAGAAGCAGAGUUGGUAUUCAGCAAGUUCUGACCAGUUCUGGAGAACCGGAAGCAGAAAUUUUGAGUAGUUCUGAAAACCAGCAAAUACCACUUCUGACUAGAGAUUUUACAGUAUCCUUCCCCUGCCACGCCCACCAAGCCAUGCCCACAGAACCGAUAGUAAAAAAAUUUGAAUCCCACCACUGGUUAGAAUAUAAGAUAAAACAAUUUCUACAACAAAUUUGAAGAGCAAUGUUAAAUUUAAAACAUUGCUUUACUUGCCAUGAUAGCACUUAACUUAAAACUCACCAAAUAGGGCAUCAAAAAAUUGUCUGAAAUCAAAGAUUGUUUAAAAGCCUUGUUUUCAUUUAUGCUGGCUCUUUUCAUAGAGAACAAUAGAAACAUUCCUGUCCUUUGUACAUUAAGUAAGUUCCUUAGUGUUACUCUUGAAUAACAAUUGAGUAAAAGGCUGUGUAUAGAAUAUUUGCCCUAGUGCAUUUUAUUAAUUUUGUACUGAUGGUGUUUAAGAUUUAUUGUAAUCAUAUGCUUUCAUCAGUGUUUCUCAAUAACAGCUCAUUAAAAAUGUAAUUUCAUA